GUUUCCUCCAAUUUUAAGCUCAAAGCUAGUUCACCUAGUUGCUUCCCCAGAAAGAAUGGGAAAAAGAAAAACAAAGAAACAAAGGUUGGCCCGUGAAUUAUAUCGUUGGGGUUUCUUGGUCCAAUUCGGAAUCUUAAGCAAGGCCCAAACCCAGCUUUGUUCUUACGUGUUAAAGAAGAAACUUGCAAUAAAGUUUAAGGUAGCUAGGGUUUAUUAGAGGGCCAAAGACCAGUGUGAUCUCAAGGCCAUUGAUUUCUUCUCAAGAGUAAAGUUCAGCAAGCAACGAGAUUGAAACAGUUUCUUUGGUAGAACAUACAAGAUGGCUGCCCCGGAACCCUUUGCCGAUCCUUUGCAGAAACAAGCCGUUAGCAAAGGCAUUAAGAAUUUUAUGGAGAAAGUCAAGAGAGGAAUUGGUGAGGAGAAAUACCAGUCCUUCUUGGAUGUUGUUGGAGAGUAUCAAGAUAAGCAGACCAGCAUUCACAAGUUACUAGAAGAGAUGUCUGUUCUUCUCUGUGUUGAACCUGAUCUAGUAAAGGAGUUGAAUCACUUGCUACCAGAUGGCAUUUCAAAGCUAGAGAUUGAGAGGAAGGUGCCCAAACCCAAAAGCAGGUGGCUUUCCGGUCUUCGCUAUGUAUGUGUGGGUGGAUUAGGGCUUACCCUGGGCAUCUGGGCUCAUCUUCUGUUCUAAAGGGUCUGGUUACUACUAUAAGGUUAAAUCGUUUUUUCGCUGGUCAGAUAUCGACUUCUUACCUAGUUUUAAAAACUCUUUGGGCCUUGUAAAACUUUGGGGUUUACUGAAAGUUCUCUCCUCAACCCUUUUCAUCGUUUCCUUUCCUAAUCAAGCAAUGUAUACUUUCCUCUCUGUACUAUAGUACACUUAUCCUAAUCGCACCAUUAUUAAUUCAUAGUUACUUUCCUAUUAAUUAAUUCAUAUUCACUUUCCUAAUCGUACCAUAGAUAACUUACCUGGCCUAUAUUAAAGGUCUCCCUGAUACUGGUAGAACACAACAAUUAGUGAACAUAUUGAAGAGAGUAAUUUAACCUCUAUUCCAUUCAUUAAUCGUACGUGAGAGGGUUCCGAGAGAGCAAAGAAGAUAGAAGAAAUGAGGGAUCUAAUGAUUACCGUGGAAGCUAUGCAAGAUAUUAAGAGCAAGGUAUUUGGUGACGACAAGAAGAAUUCGCCCCUUGAUCAAUUGCUUUUGGUUGGUGCUGUUGCUAGCAACAAGGAAGAAGAAAUUGUUUUUGAGAAUUCAAGUUCAGCUCUUGAAGCCCUGAGAAAGCUUGAUGCUUUGAAAAUAUUCUGCCCAAGGAGGGACGAUGUUGAUGGUCAUAGUGAAUUGAGGGGGGAAUUCACGAAGCUGAAGAUUGGUACCUUGGACUCUAAGAAAGUGAUUAUGAACCGUGCCACUGAAAGUUACGAUGAAAGGGGUUUCCAUAGCAAGAGUACUUGUGAUGCUAAGAAAGUCAGGGCUUCCGCAUCCAAGACGCCCGAGAACACGGGCAAGAAGAAGAUGAAGUACUCACAGCCACUCGUUA